GGCACAGUGUGGAACCCUAAUUUCAGCCGAUCAGAGACAGAGUUUACUACUUCAGCUGAGCGGUGGUUGUACUGCUCGUAGUGGUCGCACUGGUCGUAGUGGUUGUAGUGGUUGUAGUGGUCUUAGUGGUUACAGGUGGAUCAGUUAUGGCCAAAUGGGGGGAAGGAGAUCCUCGUUGGAUCGUUGAAGAGAGAGCAGACGCCACCAACGUCAACAACUGGCACUGGACGGAGCGUGAUGUCUCCGGCUGGUCGGCGCAGCGUCUGCGUCAGCUGCUGCUCGGGGUCAGGGUGCAGGGGUCAGAGGGCGUGUGUCAGCUGACCGGCAUCGACCAACUGGACGGAGAAGCUUCCAUCAACAACCGCAAAGGGAAACUGAUCUUCUUCUACGAGUGGCAGCUGAGAGCCAGCUGGCUGGGUACAUCCAGCAGUGGAGUGAAGUCCAGAGGAACCGUCUCCGUGUCCAACCUGUCGGACGAGAACCAGGAGGACGACCUGGACAUUUCCGUGUCACUGUGCAAAGAUCAACCCGACACGCGACUCCUCGACCUCAUGAGGGCGACCGGGGUUCCAGAGGUCCGGAGGGUUCUAGGCCAGUACGUCCACCAGCUGAAAUCAGAGUUCAGUCAGGGGAUGAUCCUUCCCGCCGCCACCGGUCCGAGACCACCUCAACCCGAGCUGAAGAACCAGACCAAGACCAGUAGAACUCAGGUCAGCUCCACCCCCAUGUGUUCUUCUAGCGCCGCCCCCUGUCCAACAGGUCUACGUAUCCUGACGUCCAACUUUGACCUCAACGAAACCUUCCAAACAUCCCCUGACGAGCUCUACAGGACCUUCAUCAACCAGGAGUUUGUACAGGUGUUCACGCGCUCAGCGGCCGUGGUCGAUGGUCAUCAUGGCGGCAGGUUCCUGCUGUUGGACGGGAGCAUCAGUGGAGAGUUUACAAAGCUGGUUCCGGACCAGAGGAUCGAGAUGAGGUGGCGGUUCAGGACGUGGCCCAGUGAGCACUACGCCUCCGUCCGUCUGCAGCUGGAGGAGUGAGGAGACGCCACUCAGCUCAGGAUGCAGUGUCGAGGAGUUCCUGCCAGGGAGGAGGACACCACCAAGGAGGGCUGGGCCAGAUUCUACUUCCAGGCCAUAAAACAGACGUUUGGAUAUUGAGCUCGUCUGAUUGGCUGAAAGGAUCUUCACUGUGUCAGCAUGAUGGGCCAGGAUGACUCCUCCUGACCUCUGACCUUUACCUAAAGCUCAGAGUUAAAGGAACAGUCCAACGUUUAAUAAACUCUGUUUCAUCUGUGUGAGGCUGUUAGCUUAGCACAAAGACUGGAAUCAAAGAGAAACUAUUAGCUUACAAUAAAUAACAAGAGAACAAUCUC